AUGGCCGCGAAACUUGCCAAGGAUCUCACCCUCAAGGGCUCGUCCACUUCUAUGCCAAAGCUUGUCUACGGCACGGCAUGGAAGAAAGACAGAUCAGCAGACCUUGUUUACACCGCUCUCAAAUAUGGUUUCCGCGGUAUCGACACGGCGGGCCAGCCUAAGCAUUACAACGAGAAAGGUGUAGGGCAAGGAGUCCAAAGAGCUAUCAAGGAUGGUAUAAUUAAGCGCGAAGGGCUAUUUCUUCAAACCAAGUUCUCUCCACCAGGCAACCAAGCUGAAAAUGCACCUUAUGAUUUCAACGUGCCUGUCGUGGACCAGGUUCACCAAUCUGUGCAGUCCUCACUGAAGUACUUCACCGUCGAGGGCGAGGAACCCUACUUUGACAGCGUGCUCCUUCAUAGCCCUUUGCGAACCAUGGAGGAUACCAUCACAGCAUGGAAGACUCUCGAGACCUACGUACCCCACAAGAUUCGAAACCUGGGCAUUUCCAACACCACACUGCCAAUCCUCCAAGCGCUCAAUGGCGCAGUGACCGUCAAGCCUAGUGUUGUUCAAAAUCGCUUCUACCCAGACACGCGCUUCGAGGUGGAACUCAGAGCUUACUGCCGACAGCAAGAUAUCGCAUUCCAAUCUUUCUGGACACUUAGCGCGAAUCCGAGACUUGCUGUGAGUAAGCCGGUGAAGCUAGUUGCAGAAAAGGCCGGCGUCGAGCCUGUGGCUGCGUACUAUGCCCUCGUUCUGGGUCUGGAUGGAGUUACAGUUCUGGAUGGAACAACGACGGAGAGUCACAUGAAGGAUGAUCUUGAGGGGGUUGAGAAGAUUGCAUCGUGGGCUGAGGAAAGUGGUGCCGAUGAGUGGACUGCUGCUUUGACUGAGUUUAAGCAAAGUAUUGGGGAUGAAUGA